UCUGUCUUGAACGUUGUUAUACCGAACAAUGAGUGACACUGAGAACGGAAAUGGCAGGGCACGGGUUAUUGAUCGUGAAGGAUUUGAAGAGUUUUAUCCAAGAAUGAUGAAGAAAAAUUUCAAGAUAAAAGAAGGCUAAUGAAAACAUGUACAGAGCAGAACAUAGAAGUGCAAAAGGGAGGAAAAUGUGACGGAAGAAUGGUGUCAGAUAGAAGCGCUUGCAGUGUAAUGGCUAAAAUGAAAACCGGUUUCAAUUUGGGUGACGAGAGGAAAAACUGACCUGGAAUCAGAAAAUGAGAAAACUGAAAAAAGAAGAAUGAAGAAGGAUAGAAAUCCUGAGAGAAAGGAGUAGCGUGUAAAGAAUCUGGAAGAAUGAAUGUGUCUCUAGGUUAAGUAAAUACACUGUUUGUGUUACUCAUGUUUUUUCUUUACUAUUCUCCCUUUCUGUAACAUAAACAUGCAUGUUUUAGUUUUUCCUUGGAUUUCUCAGGUUGACAUUGAAAUAGGCCUUUCAUGUGCAUUUGUUAUAUGUAGUUAAUAUAUUGUUGCACUGUAUGCUAGACACUACAUUUUUGAGGUUGUAAGCUUACUAACCCCUUUCUUCACAGUACAUAUAUUUUAGACAGGUGAACUAUAUGUGUACAGCAUACUCUACCACAUCUCACUUUGUGCUUGAUUGUGUUUGUGUAAAAGCAAAUAAAUACAUUUGUUCAUAAGAACGUUGUUAACAUGCUGCUGUGGCGAUAGGGGUCACGGUCCCCAUCUAAAUCAGAUCAUGGGAGUCCAGCUCGGGUCAAGUCGGAGAGCAGGUCCGGCUCCCCAAGCCCAUCCCGGGCAUCCAAACGCUCUGAGUCUAGAUCCCGCUCUUGGUCAAAGUCUAGGUCUCGUUCUCGGCGGCACUCAUAUCGCCGUUACAGCCGCUCACGCUCUCGGUCCUACUCCCACCGGAGGAAAUCCCGUUCUCGUUCCUACAGCCCUGAGUCCCGCCGCAGGAGGAGCCAGAGCAAUUCCCCUAUGUCAAACCGCCGCCGCCAAACUGGCAGCAGGAGCCAUGGCUUCACAAAAGAAGUAAGCAGCCAUGGCGGUGAUGCUGAUGUUAGGGCAAAUCCUGACCCCAGCACAUGUUUGGGGGUUUUUGGCUUGAGCCUGUACACCACAGAGCGUGACCUGAGGGAGGUGUUUUCGCGUUACGGUCCUCUGGCUGGGGUCAACGUGGUGUACGACCAGCGUACGGGUCGCUCCCGUGGCUUUGCAUUUGUAUAUUUCGAGAGACUGGAAGAUUCCAAAGAGGCAAUGGAGCGAGCCAACGGUAUGGAGCUGGACGGCAGGCGCAUCAGAGUGGAUUAUUCCAUCACCAAACGUGCUCACACCCCCACACCAGGGAUCUACAUGGGCCGACCAACUCAUAAUGGAGGCGGUGGUGGCAGCGGCAGCGGCGGCGGUGGUGGUGGCAGCGGCGGUGGGAGCAGCAGCUCAAGCAGGAGGGGAAGAGACUCCUACUAUGAUCGUGGCUAUGACCGUUAUGACAGAUAUGAUGAGUAUGAUUAUAGGUACAGUCGCAGACGCUCGCCAUCGCCCUACUACAGUCGAUACAGGUCUCGCUCACGGUCUCGUUCCUAUAGCCCACGACGAUACUAAGAUUCUAAGUCUUGAGCUUCCCUUCAGUACUUGGUGUGUGACACAUCAAGGCGUCUGUAUCAGCAGAAACUCUUUUAAGUUUGAGAUAGUUCUUGUUUACAUGCACUAGAUGAUGUCUUAAGUUUUUAGACGUGUUUGAUACAUCCACUUUGAAUGUGAGCAAAGAACUGUUGGAUUCAAUCUGAGUUUUCUGUGGCAAUGAUACAUUUUCUUCUUUUUGAGACGUUUGCAUUGACCACCGUUAACAUUUUCCUAUUCUGGUGUGGACAGUUAAUGUUAUAAUUUGCAUUAAUUACAUAAAUUUAACAAUGUGUGUGUGUAUAUACAGUGAAGAUUGCUUGGUUUAAGUGGAGUUAAUUGGUAAGUAGCAGGUAAAAUGGGGCUGUAAAAAUAAAGGGUUCUUUCAUUAUGUA